AUGGCUUCCUUCACAAAUCUUUGUCAUUCCAUUGCGGAUCUACAUCAUCUCAUCAGAUUCCACGACUCCUACUUACCUUUCGUUCAGUACUUCACUGUUGUCGUGUCCAUUGUCACCUGUCUGGUGGGACUGGUGGGAAACGCAUUGGUCAUCUGUUUUCUCGGAUUUGUCAUGAAGAAGCACAAGUCCAAAUACUGGUUUCUGAAUUUGGCCAUUGCUGAUUUCUUCUCCCUCCUGACCUUACCCUUUCACGCCAUUGCAGCUUUUAAAGGCACCUGGCCUUUCGGGGACCACGUGUGUAAACUUUUUAUCUUCUCAAUGACUGCCAAUAUGAACGCCAGCAUUUUAAUUCUCACCUCUUUAAAUAUCGCCAGGGUAUUGUCUGUAGCACAACCAAUAUUUCACCUCAAAUUCAUCUCCAAACGCGUUUCAUUUUGGAUCUGUUCUAUAAUUUGGUUCAUUACCAUCCCGUCCAGCCUCCCGGUGUUCUACUAUAGCGGGGAAAUGAAAAUUGGAGAAUUUGUACUGUGCACCUACCAUGGCAGUAAGACCUUAGAUACUGCAGUAGCAAAAAAUAGGUAUAAUGUGAGUAGUGGGAACGCUACAAGAGACGUUUUGGACAUUUACGCCAUGUUUGGCUCCUACUUCAAGCAAUGCUCCUCUCACGCGUGUUGUGGUGGUGAGGAGGCGCUCAGUUUUUGGGACCAUGUGAGGUCCACCUCAAAUCAGUUAGUGAUACCGUUCCUUGUCAUUGGAUAUUUUAUUCCUCUUAGUAUUGUGAUUAUUUGCAAUAUAAUUAUAGUUGUGCAUGUAAGAAAAUCCAAGACCAUUAAUACCCACAGGCUCUAUCGAAUGGUGGUCGCGAUCAUCGUGGUGUAUUUCAUAACAUGGACCCCAGUAGUCAUAGCAGAGACUGCGUUAUUUGUCAUCAUUCUCAAAAAGAACUUCCUAGCCUUGUUCUACAUCCUUCAAUUCAUGCCUCUCUUCAUCAGCAUCGCCUACACAAACAACUGCUUGAACCCGAUUUUCUAUGUGCUGAACGGUGGACAGAUGAGAAUGGAACUUUAUGAUUUUAUAAGUUCCUUUAGAAAUAGCAAAAGAUGA